CUACAUAUGUGUGUGUUUAAAGUGCAUUAGACAGAGCAGACUUCAGAGUGCAGCUGGAAUCUCACACCCUUCAAACUUCUACAGACUCCAAACUAACGGAAAACACAAGUCGGAGAAUCAGAGAGUGCAGAAUGUCACGAUCCAGGAUAUCAAUCAGAGACAGUUCAGCCGUCGGCCGCUUCCACGGCGCUGCCACCAGUAACGGGCAGGCAGUCCUUGAGAAGGAGGUGGUUAGUAAGGAAACGAGGCAGGAAGGAGGCUGUCGUCGCUGGUUACGGAAAGCAAGCCCCUGUUGCUUUCGCCGACAGAGCAGCUCAUAUGAUGUUACGAAUGAAGUGGACGCCGUGGGCAAGGAUGAAGAAAAACCAACACCAUUCCCCGAGCCUUCUAAACCUAUCACAGAAGACAGUGAGCUGGAGGACCUGUCUCUGGUCGUACGCUCCGUGGACUUGCUCAGCUCAAAGACUGGCCAGAACCGUAAAGAGCAUCACACUGAGCAGUACUUCAGCAACGAACUCAUCAUCCGCCGAGGCCAGACGUUUCAGAUUAUGAUUGAUCUGUCCCGCCCUUUCAACAUCAACACGGAUAAACUGCGUCUGGAGCUGAAAACCGGUCCACUGCCGCUGGUGUCGAAGGGCACGCACAUCAUCAUCCCACUCGUGGAGGAGCUGCAGGACCUGCGCUGGGAAGCCAAGGUUGUGGAGCAGAAUGGCAAUCGCAUCAAGCUGUCAAUCAACUCACCCUCCAAUGCUGUCAUCGGAAAAUACAAGUUCACAGUCAACACCCAGAGUACAGAAAGCGAGCCUGUUAACAAGAAUGACCCCGAGAAAGACAUCUACAUGCUCUUCAACCCCUGGUGUAAAGAGGACACGGUGUAUAUGGACGACGACACCGAGAAAAACGAGUAUGUGCUAAAUGACACUGGGAGAAUUUACUACGGCACUGAGAAGCAGAUCGGUGCUCGCACGUGGAACUUUGGACAGUUUCAGGAAGGGGUUCUGGAGGCCUGUCUGUAUAUACUGGAGAAGAGCGAAGUGCCUCCAUCAGGUCUUGGAGAUCCAGUGAAUGUGGUGCGAGUCAUAUCCGCGAUGAUCAAUUCCCCGGAUGACUACGGCGUUCUGGAAGGAAACUGGUCGGGGAACUAUCUGGGUGGGACGCCUCCGACGGUGUGGAGCGGCAGCGUGGAAAUUCUCAAGCAGUAUCACAAAGAAGAAGGCGAGCCUGUCAAAUACGGCCAGUGCUGGGUCUUCUCCGGGGUCACCACUACAGUUCUGAGGUGUCUUGGUAUUCCAUCUCGGAGCGUAACAAAUUUCCAGUCUGCCCACGAUACUGAUGUCUCCUUGACCACUGAUGUGUAUUUAGACGAGAAUCUGGAGCCAAUUAACAACCUCAACUCCGAUUCUGUGUGGAACUUCCAUGUGUGGAAUGACUGCUGGAUGUCUCGUCCUGAUUUGCCUCCCGGUAUGGGCGGCUGGCAGGCUGUUGACUCAACCCCCCAGGAAACCAGUCAGGGGACAUUCCGCUGUGGCCCCGCCUCCCUCACAGCCAUCCGCAUGGGCCAGGUCUACUUGAAACACGACACACCUUUUGUCUUUGCUGAGGUGAACAGCGAUAAGAUCUACUGGCAGAGGAAACUGGAUGGCACUUUCUCUCAGAUUUACAGCGAGAAGAAUGCUGUGGGACACUGCAUUAGCACCAAGGCUGUUGGCUCUGACCAGCGCGUCGACAUCACACACCUGUACAAACAUCCUGAAGGCUCUGAAGAAGAACGUAUCGCCGUAGAGAUGGCCUGUCGCUAUGGCACCAAGCCAGACGUGUACUCAUCAGCAGUGAAAGAUGACGUGUGCAUGGAGGUGCGGGUGGAAGGUGAAGGACCUCUCAUGGGCACUGAUGCCCACCUGAAGAUCGUUCUGAAGAACCAGAGCGAGCAGCCGCGCAAGACCACGCUGCACAGCCAGGUAGCCGUGAUGUACUACACCGGCAUUCUGAAGGACGCGGUGAAGACCGAGAAGCUUCCUGUGAAUCUCAUGCCAAAUGAAGAGAAAGUGAUAGACUUGGUCCUGCCCUACAGUCAUUAUCAGGACCAGUUGGUUGACCAGGCGGCGCUGAUGCUCACUCUCUCCGCCCGAGUUAAUGAAACCAUGCAGGUGCUGGCGUCUCAGACCAGCUUCAGGCUGCGAACUCCAGACAUCCACAUUGAGCCUGUCGGAGAGACCUAUGUAGGAAAGGAAGCCACGGCGAAGCUGACUUUCACCAACCCGUUACCGUGCACCCUGCAUAAUGUAGUACUGCGAGUGGAAGGUCUUGGACUUAGGAACCUCCAUCCCAUCAAAGUGGGCGAUGUGGGUAAGCAUGCCACGGUGACAGUGACGGAGCAUUUCGUCCCCUCUGUCGCCGGGACGAGGAAGCUGGUUGCGUCCCUGGACUGUAAACAGCUCACGCAGGUUCACGGUGUCACCGACAUCAUCGUGCACGAGGGCCAGUGAGUGCACUAUCGCCGCUGCACAAUCUUCUUUGUAAACAUUUUUUUUUCUUCCAAACAUACUGCUGUGUCUACAGGAGUCCAUAUGAAUACUGAUCUGUACUGGGUGCAAAGAACAGAUCUGAGUUCUUCAUGAACAUUUCGAAUACUUCAUCACAUCUCAGACCUGUUUGUAUUUUUUUCCCUUUUAGUUUCAGUUACCGAGCCGUAUUAAACUAGUAGUAUUGAAGCUGUGCUGCUGUUGGACAUAGAAUUCAGGUCAUAUGAUUAAUCUGACCUCUUUCUCUGAUUAUUAUGAAGAACUUUAAGGAAUUAAUUUUAUUUUUUUAACAUGCAUGCUUAAAAACAAUUUACACAAUGCACUAUUAUGAAUCUGUACAACAUAUAUAUACACUGUAUAUAUUUAUUAGGCAUGUAACGAUAUAUUGUUUGAUGAUAAAUCACGAUAAAAAUGUAUUAUGAUGAAAUAAAAACUGACUCGAUGAAAUAAAAAAUGAAUUAUGAUGAUUAUCAGGCUGCGUAAUCUCAUCAUCUUUGGACAUCAGAGGGCACAAUAAUGUACAUGACUUCACUUGACGCAAAAGUAACACAGCUCUAAUCCCAUAAAAAGACAAUAAUAAACAGGUCUAAAAUGGGAAAGAGCUGUUGCGUGAUUGACUACAAACAGAAUUAACAAGAAAUCAGAGCUCUCUUUUUACAGCCUGCUGAAAGAUAAAUAGAAGAGAAGUAAAUGAAAGAAGUACAAACAUUCAUAAAAGUUUAUUAAGGAAAAAAAAACCCAUUUAACUUUAAUUUUUAAUGAAAAGAAUAUUUUAGUUAACAGAAUCAUAUUUUACUCCGGGCGGCACGGUGGUGUAGUGGUUAGCACUGUCGCCUCACAGCAAGAAGGUCCUGGGUUCGAGCCCCAGGGCCGGCGAGGGCCUUUCUGUGCGGAGUUUGCAUGUUCUCCCCGUGUCCGCGUGGGUUUCCUCCGGGUGCUCCGGUUUCCCCCACAG